AUGAAAGGAGACAAAGAUGUGGCCCUAGCUGCACUCCAAAGGGCUAUAUUUGGUGGCCGCAAAGCCGUCCUGCAGCUGCUCUUAGACCGAGGUGCAGGCGUCAGUGCACCAGGAGGAGUCCUUGGAGAUGCACUGGGCAUGGCUUCUGCUCGCAGCUAUGUGCCCCUCGUACGAAAGCCGCUAGAUCGAGGUGCAGAAAUCAAUAAACCAAGGGGAUAUACAUUGCAGGGGGCGUGUCGAAAUGGUAACGAAGCCGCCGUGCGACUGCUUCUGGAUCGCGGUGCGGAGGUCAAUGCACAAGGAAGAAUGUAUGGAAACGCACUGCAGGCGGCAUCUCGAGGCGGCCACGAAACCGUCGCGCGACUGCUGCUGAACCGAGGUGCUGAAGUCAACGCAAAAGAAGGUCCUUGUGGAAAUGCAUUACAGGCAGCAUCUGAGCGUGGUCAUGAGGCCGUUGUGCGACUGCCGUUGGACCGAGGCGCUGAUGUCAACGCACGAGGAGUAGCGCACAAGAGUGCGCUGUGGGCAGCACUGACUCCUACUUAUCGCAUCGGAGGUUCUUGUCAGAUGCGCGUGUCCAGCAAAGAGGUCAUGAAGGUAUUGUGGGACGCGGGCGCCAGACUAUAUACAAUGCCGUCCGAGGCGCAUUCGGGAGAGUGCAUCGCUCAGCUCGCAGACAUGGACUCGAUGGUGUUGAUAGGGGAUGCAGAAGUUUCGCAACCACAAAGCAGCAGACGAAAAGGUUGGCCUUUAAGCUUGAAGACAGUACGUGUAUGCUUUCUUCGUGCAUUGAUCAUCUAA